AUGUCGAUGAGAAUCUUCCAAGCUUUUGCCUACCUGCUCAUCCUGUGGAUUCUGGCGUCAAUCGUGUCGCACAUCAUAUCACCACUGAGGACGAUCCCUGGACCUUUCGCCGCCCGGUUCACCAAACUCUGGUUCUUUUAUCGAGUAUGGCAGGGCAAAUUUCAUGAAGACAAUAUCGCCUUGCAUCGCAAGUAUGGUGCAGUCGUCCGCUAUGCUCCUCGACAUUACAGCUUCAAUACGGCAGAGGCUGUCAAGGCCAUCUAUCUAACUAAAGGGAGAGAGCUGGAUAAGUCAAGCUGGUACUCGGCAUGGAACGCACCUGGCAUCAACAGCCUCUUCACUGAGCCUAGUGUAAAGGCGCAUGCUCAGCUACGACGGAAGUUUCAGUCAACGUACUCAAUAUCUAGCUUGGUCACGUACGAAGAAUUUGCCGACCACUGCAUCGGUCUGAUGAAAGAGAAGUUGAAUGCCGUCGCAAGAUCGCAUGGACAGGCAGAUAUGGCUACCUGGUUCCUGUGCUAUGCUGCAGACACUGUAGCGAUGAUCAGCUAUUCUAAGCGGAUGGGUUUUCUUGACCGGGGCGAAGAUGUUGAUGACUUCUUUAAGAUCCUGCGCGGCAAUAUGUUCUACAACACGACUAUGGGCGUCUACUCUGCUCUGCAUCCGAUUGUGUACAAGAUCAGGGCGUGGCUUGCUAAGUUGAAAGUAAUGCCAGAGACUCCCAGGAUGUCAAUCGGUGGCUUCACCACGAGACUGGUGUCAGAGAAGCGGAAGCAGCGCGAAGGAAAGGAGAAGCAUCAAGCGCAGCUGACAGAUGAAGACGGCGUCGCUGCGCCGAAGGACUUCCUGUCCAAGUUCCUGGAGUUCAACGAGCAAGACCCGAGCAGGUUCACUGAGCGCGAUAUUCAGGUCGGGCUAAUGGCGAAUGUGAUUGCAGGGGCGGACACGACUGCUGCAGCUCUGUCUGCGAUACUAUACUGCCUGCUCCGGCACAGUACUGUCUUGGCAAAGCUGCGUUCUGAGAUUGAUGGUCGUCUCAGUGAAGGCGAGCUCUCCAGUCCACCCUCUUUCAAAGAGGUUCAACAGAUGCCCUACCUACACGCUGUCAUCCAGGAGUCACAGCGCCUCUACCCACAGGGCGCCCUACCUCUGCAGCGCGUAGUACCUGAAGGAGGCUUGGACAUCUCUGGUCACUCAUUCCCUGCUGGCACUGUAGUUGGAGUGAACUCCUGGGUGCUCCACCUCAACACAGACAUAUUCGGGGAGGACGCUGCGCUCUUCCGGCCAGAGCGGUGGCUUGACUCAGACAGGGAGCAAGUCGCAUAUAUGAAUCGGCACUUCAUGACCUUUGGCCUCGGAAGUCGGGCGUGUAUAGGAAAGCAUGUUUCGAUGCUGGAGAUGUCCAAACUCGUGCCAGAGCUGGUGCGGUCCUUUGACUUCGGGCUCGAAGAGGAUAAAAUUGAGCAUUACGGAGCAUCUUGGGAGUGGAUAGCUUACUGGCUAAUGAGGCCUACAUCGCUUCCUGUCCAGAUUCGCAGAAGACAGGUGUAG